AUGAAAAAGUUUCAAUUAUAUUCACGUUCAUCACAAUAUAGAAUUCUGAAAAACAGCCAAGAGAGAGAUGAUAGUUCGUCCGAUGAAGAAGUUGAUCGCAUAAAUUCUAAAAGGGGACAACCCAGGGAAAUUAAUCAAAAUUGUCGACCGACCAGGUCAUUUAAUAACACCAAUUGCAAUAGAAGUGAUGAAAAUGAGAACGAUGAAAGUCUCAGUGAAGAAGAUGCCAAUAAUGUUUUACAUUCAAUAAAUGAUAAAAUAUAUUUAGAUGAUGAUAACAUUGAUCACGGAUUUGAGGAAGCUGAGAAUAUUAGAAAUAACCGUGAUAUUAAUGAUGAAGAAAUAUAUGAAACGGAUUCGGAUGACGAUUCUGAAAGCAGUCGAGAAUUUGAUGGCAGCUCUAGUUCUGAAGAGAGCAGUGCAAGUGAGAAUGACACUGAUUCUGAUGACGACAUGGAAAAUGGGUUGCCCAACAAUAACGAAAAUCUGGAUUCACCGUUGUACGAAAGUGCACCAUUAUCUUGUGGCGAAAGUAUUUUAUCAAUAUUAUUGCUAAUAAUACGUCAUAAAUUAAGUUCAGUGGUAUUGAAAGACAUUUUAAAAAUCAUUCGUAUUCAUUGCAGUCUACCUAAUUUGUGCAUAAAAUCAUUAUACAAAUUUAAAAAAAUAUUUAGUAGUAUUCCUGGCCAUCAAAAUCCUGUCAAAAUUCGUGGAAUGAUCAUCUGCGGCACAUGCGAUUUACCAGCAAAAGCUGGUUUCCUCAACAUGAAAGGUCAUCGAGGUAUCUAUGGUUGCUGCAAAUGCAAAAUUAAGAGUGAAAAAUUAGGUAAUUUUAGAAUAUUCCCUUACUCAAAUGCUUUACCUCUGAGAUCAUCUGCGAUAACUACUCAAGAAGGUCAACGAGCUUUUUUAAGUGGAAAACCCAUCGACGGAGUUAAAGGACCCACUACACUUUCAAAAAUUGCCUAUAAUUUUGUUGAGAAUACAGUAGUUGAUUCUAUGCACUGUAUUUACUUAGGAAUCACGAAGAAAUUGAUGAGUUUAUGGUUUGAUUCAAAAUACCACAGUGAAAAUUUUUCAAUGAGAGAUCAUAUUGCAGCUAUUGAUAAGAAAAUUAAAAGUAUCAAACCUCCAAAUUUUUCAGUUCGAUUGCCAAGAUCAGUCAGUGAUUUCAAGUAUUGGAAAGCAUCAGAACUUCAGUGCUGGCUUUUAUAUUACUCUGUAGCUGUUUUGGAUUCAAUUAUGUCAAAAGCUCAUUAUGAUCAUCAUAUGCUGCUAGUGCUCGGAGUAUCAUUAUUAAAUCAAUCGAGUGUUUCACAAGGUAUGAUUCAGUUAGCAUCAAAAGUACUAAAUGAAUAUGUAAGUAAAUUUGAAAACCUUUACGACCGCAAAUAUUUAACGUGUAAUUUACACCAGUUACUCCAUCUACCUGAUGACGUGAUGAAUUUUGGCCCGCUAUUUAUUACUUCUUGUUUCCCUUUUGAGAAUCUAAAUGGUAUUUUGAAAAGGUGCUAUUGCAAAGAUUCAUGUGAAAAUUGUGAAAAAAACUCUAGCUAUUAUGCGAUUAUUAAUGAAUGUACGGUCGAUAAUGCUGUUAUCAGUAAUGAGCAUCUCAACAUCGGUUCUAUUGGUAGGAGAUCUGACAAAGCCAUGAUUGCUGUAGAAAUUUCGAAACUAGAACUA